AUGAUUUCAUAUAUAUCUAUUGUGGUCGGAUUGUCCUUCCUUCUGGCACCAUUGGUUAAAUGUGAUGACUCGAAAUGUAACAGAACAAGCGGACCGGUCUGUGGCGCCAGAUUCAGAACCAGGACGUUUAAAAACGAAUGUAGAGUGGGGAAGAGGUUCAACAUGAUCUUCUCGGGGGAAUGUGAUGGGGACUGUGUUUGUCCCCAGGACUACACCCCCGUGUGUGGAGUGGACGGGAAAACGUACACUAACAAAUGCCGCGCUGGCUGCAAGGGAGUGUCUGUAGCCUGUAUUGGGAAAUGUCCAUGUGACUGUAUCUGUACCCAGGAGUAUGAUCCUGUCUGUGGUGUGGAUGGACAGACUUACGGGAACGCAUGCGCAGCGGGAUGUCAUGGUGUUGAUAUCGCCUGCCACGAUAAAUGUCCCUGUCCGUGUAUAUGUACCCUGGACUAUAAUCCGGUGUGCGGGGUGGACGGUAAAACUUACAGUAACGCGUGUGCCGCCGGCUGUGCUGGUGUGGCUGUAAACUGUGCCGGCAAGUGUCCAUGUGACUGUGUUUGUACUCUACAAUACGAUCCUGUUUGUGGCACGGACGGGAAAACUUAUGGAAACGAUUGCUUCGCAGCUUGUCACGGUGUCGGGAUAGCGUGCCAUGACAAGUGUCCAUGUCCCUGUAUCUGUCCAGCUGUUUAUAACCCGGUGUGUGGGGCCGACGGUAAGACGUACGGUAACAGUUGUGAGGCCGGCUGUGAGAAGGUGCCGGUUGCAUGUGCUGGUAAAUGUCCUUGUGGCUGUGGUUGUACCAAAGAAUACGACCCAGUGUGUGGGAAAGAUGGUCAGACAUACGGGAAUCCGUGUAUGGCGAAAUGCCAAGGAGUGUGCACAGACUGUAAAGGGCAGUGUCCAUGUCCGUGUUUUUGCACGAAGGAGUUUCGACCCGUAUGCGGUGUCGAUGGAGUUACAUACUCUAACAAAUGUGAAGCAGGAUGCAAUAAUACCCUUGUUGACUGCAUUGGGCCGUGUCCCUGUAAUUGUUUUUGUACCAGAGAGUACGACCCGGUUUGUGGAGUGGAUGGAGAGACAUAUGGAAACGCGUGUGUGGCAAAAUGUCACGGUGUAGAUACACAGUGCAAGGGGAAGUGCCCGUGUCCAUGUAUCUGUACAAAGGAGCUGGCCCCUGUGUGUGGUACAGACGGGAAUACGUACGACAACAAGUGUUUAGCCAAGUGCGAGAAAGUUCGCGUAAAGUGCGAAGGUCCUUGUCCAUGCAAAAAAUAUUAGUAGGAGCCCAGAAAACCUGCUCCGCUGGUUAAAGGUGAGGAUUGUAUACACAUGUUACUUCACCCUUCCUCGUCGAAGGGAUAUUCUAAACGGUUACAAAAUGCAACAUAACGUCAAGACAACAUUGAAACAGAUCUCAUUGUA